UGCUCAUUUACCCAAAUCCACUUGUACAGGAUUUCCAACUUUAGGUUGUUGCUUCCAAUAUAGCAAUCAACAAUAAAAUCAAAAAUCCUUUUUUGAUUGCCGCCUGCAUUCAAGGUUAAAUGAAAUAAAUCCAUAUGUUGUAGACCAAGGUGUGCAGUUAAAGCGUAUCAGACAUACUUGUUGUGCCACCUAGUGACAAGACAGAUAUACAGAAGAAACUUUUGAUCUAGUGAUUCUCCUGUGGCUUCCAACCCUUAUGAACAUGUUGCCCUUAAAACUAUCCACCAUCCAACCUUCUAAGGCAGCUGAUAAAAGACUUCAGCUCACUAACUAUGUUUGGCAUUGUCCACCCUGUCUACUCCCUGAUAAGUUAAUUGUGCCUUUUGAGUUUUGUUCACCUUUAUUAAUAAAUACUUAAAUCUCAGUACUUGGUCGUACUCCAUGUUAUGCAAAAUAUAUUCUAGAUUGAAUGAACUAUUGGACCACUGAGCCCUUUCACUUUCCUUGGGGACCCCUUUCUGCACAUCCCUUGGUUUUAUUAGAGUGACAGUGUUGUCAAAUCAAUAAAAAACAACCAAAAACAACCACUACAGUUUCAAUAUUAUAUAACAGAAUAUGUUUCACUCUAUUUGCUUGACAUACUUAUCUUUUGUAACAAGCAUAAGCAGGACAGGAGCAGAACAAAUUUCACAGGCCUGUGUUGUCAUUUAAUCUGCAGCACUGUUUUUAACCGCUUGGUGUCAGAGUUGACAGUUGACAAGGUUGUACAGUAACUGAUAAAAAAGACAAAUUGAAAGGAAAUAGGAACAAAAUAUUUACUGAAGAGCAGAAGUAUUGCAGUGAGAGGCUUUAAUCAAGACCUUUGAGCAGGACACUGGAACAUCAACAUGGUCAAUCCUUCUAGUAGAGUGACUGCAUUAGCAUCUGAGGAGACAAAACAAUUACAAACACAAUUCAUCUCCAUAUUGAAAAUUCCGCUCAUAAUGUGGCUCAUCCUGGUCUUCUUGGAUGGUCAAUACUAUGCCUGUGCAAGAACAGACUGGACAGGCAGGUUUGUGAUUGUUGACAAAGGUGAACCCCAGAAAUGGUGUGAACCUACCAACGGAACCUCGUACAUGGAGAGAAUGAGUCUGACCCAGACGUGGUACUUUCAGUCUCAGGCUUUUGGAUUUGGGAUUCUUUUAGUCUGUGUUUUACUUUUUGGAGCAUUUAAAUGUCUACGUACACAACCUACUGAUGAAAAAGACCAGGAUGAAGAGGAGCCAAAUAUUGGUAGCGCUUCCAAGCUAACAGAAGCAAGCCAAGAGGACAGACUUUAAUAAUAUUAACCCUCAUAUACUGUAGUUUCUCUUAUCUCGUAGAUAAAAUAAAAAAAAUUGUUGAUAGGG